CGCGUGUGAUUGGAUUUUUAUUGGAAAAAAUAAACAUCUGACGACGACGUGAUUGCAAUAACGAAGUACCAGUAUCAAGGAAUGUUUCCCCAUCGCCAACAAAAACUGUUCCUUUUUCACCAGUAGAAAGUGCUGCCGUUAUUGAAUCAAUCAGUCAAACUAGGACAUUUUUAAAAAACGAAAGAAGUAGAGAGCAACAACUAUGAAGAUUCACGGUGCUGCAGUAUUGGCAAUUUGUGGUAUUCCAUCAACGGUCGCAUUUGUGCGAAAUACUCAUAAAGCAACCAAUACCCAUUUGAAUCUCCAGAAGGAAAAUGGAAAUUGGGACAAGAUGGUCGGACCCGCCGUGACAGGACUGGCAGGUUUGACUCUUGCAUCCCAGAUGGCAGUUGCAGCUGUGGACCCGUCGGCAGUAGCAGCGGUACCCAAAUUUAACGAAGCAACGCCAAUCGUUCGGGGCCAAGGUGCGUAAUUUGCAAAAGUUGACGAAAUCGAUGAGUAAUUUCCACUUCUAUUCUCAUUUUCCAUUCCCAUCAAAUACUGACUUUCUAUAUCAAUGAUAACGAUUCCUGUCUGUGUGUUUCUUUCAAUGUGUACACAUCUGAUACCACCGAAUAGAUUUGACAACAAAUACCCAAAUGAUGAACGUGGAAAAUUCCUUCAAAAGUGCCAUCUCUGGAUCGUCAAUCCAGCUAGCUGACGAUUUCUUGGACUUCUCUUUGCCAUCAUAUGGUGAUUCUAUUUCGUCGUCAUCUGCAAAAGCUAAGGCAGGAGAUAACGCCCCUUCGUUCGCAAAUCCCUUCGCUGAUUUUGAUUUUUCUAAGAGAAGCGAGGAAGAGGCACCUGCGGCAGCACCCGCUGCUGCACCCGAUACCUCUGCCGAAGACAAGGCCGCUGCCGAAGCCGCAAAACAAGCGGAAAAAGAAGAAGCCGCCCAGCGAAAGGCAAACGAAAAGGCCGCCCGAGAGGCAGAGAAAGCGGCUGAAAAACAGGCAGCGGCCGAAAAGAAAUUGGCGGAAGAGGCCGAGGUGGCUCGAAAAAAGGCAGAAAAGGAAGCUCGUCGGGAGGCAGAAAAGGAGAAACAACGAUUGGCAGUGCAGCGAGCUAACGAGGAGAAGGAAGAAAAAGCUGCAGCGGCUGCAGCUGCUUCAGCGGCAUCGUCUGCUCCAGCUGAGACAGAAUCUCCUUCUUUCGCGAUUCCCGACUUCAAGGCACCCGAAUUCAAGGCACCAGAGUAUAAUCUCGACAUUCCGGAGAUCAAGGCACCCGAUAUUAAAAUGCCGGAAGUUUCUCUUCCCAAGUUUUCGAUGCCCAAAAUGCCUGAAAUGCCAAAGAUCGAGACUCCUAGCACCAGCAGCGAGACGCCCAAGGCCCCCAGUUUUUCUGCUCCUACCUUCGAAGCACCCAAGGCACCAAGUUUUUCUGCUCCUUCCUUCGAAACUCCAAAGGUGCCAAGCUUCUCUACUCCUUCUUUCAGUAGUAGCAGUAGCUCGGGCGAAUACACGUCUCUUGACGAUGUCAACACUGUUGAUGACCAAGAAGAACGUGACCAAAAAGCGAAGGAAGCGCGAACGGCUUUUAACGAAGCAGAUUCGAAUGCAAGGGUGAGUUUUGCUAAAUCUAUACUCUCUCUUUGUUUCCACUCACUGCGGUCAAUUCCUGCAUCCACUUCUUCGAUGUGAUGUUUGUAUCUAAUUUUCUGUUUGUUCAUUGUGUUUCAAAUCCAACAUUACACUACUAUCGAAGGAACUCGAGAAUAAGGCGAAGCAGUUGCGAGCUAUUGCCGAUGACAAGAAGAAGAUUGCCAAGGAGGCCAAGGAUGCAGCUUGUGCAACACGAUUUGGAGGAAAGAUUUUGUGCAUUCGGCCUUUUGGAAUUGGAUACUAGAUCAGUCCUGUUGCCUUUUUCAAUAGUAUUACCAAGGGGUUACUGCUACAACCAUUUUUGGUUUCCUCAUAUCGCCAGGAAUAGAAAAGAAAUUUAAAAAACCUUUGAAGAAGAACAUUUUUUCGAAACAUGGGUUGGGCGUGAAAAUAUUUUAUAAAAUCGGAACGCUGCAGUUAUGAUCGUGAAGACUGUUGUAUUCGACGAAAGUAAAAAAUACAUUUUUUCUAAUCCAAAACUCGAAGCUGUGCCAACGCUUAUAUUCUCUCAU